AUGUACACUGACGGAAAGCAUAAAAAUGCAAUUGUCCUCUAUUUAAAAACCUCUCAGUACUUUAUAGACUACUACCACAGCAAAUAUCUGACAGCCCAGGACAGAGCCAGCCCUCCUUACCAGCUUGUUCAGUCUUUUCCUGCCUGCUCCCCAGCAGAACACAGCGUAGUGGAUAUGUCAGUGCAGAGACAUGUCCAGAGCAGGGACCUGCACACUCUGAAGGACCCCAGUCUCCUCAGAAGUUUUUCUGACAUUCAGUCAUGGUUGAACCGCUCACCUUUGUGUGAUGGAAACACAGGAGUUGGUAAAAGUGCUUCAGGAAACACCAUUUUAGGACAAGCAGGAUUUGAAUCAAGACGCUCUUUCAAAUCAGUGACAACAAAGAUCUCUGAAGAAACAGAAUCUGUUUUUGGGAAACAGAUCUCCGUAAUUGACACUCCAGGAAUAUUAUGUAUUGGGGCUUAUUCUGACAUUCAAGCCUGCUGUGAGGAGCUCCUGCGCUCCUCCAGACCCUGUGUGUUCCUGGUGGUGGUUAAAAUAGAUCGAUUCACUGAGGAGCAACAUAGAGCUGUUGAGGCAGCACUCAGAGUUAUUGGGGAACGUGGGUUGGACAGAACCUACCUGCUCUUCACUUGUGGAGACACUUUGGAAAGAACAACACUGGACGAGUUCAUCCAUGAAGAUGAAGAAGGUCCACUUCCACAACUCGGUUCGAGGUUUAAGGAAAGAUAUCUCAUGUUCAACAAUAGGCAUGGAGGACAGCAACAAGUCAGAGAGCUGCUGGAGAAGACAGCUGCUCUUCCCAGACCCCUGGUUUCCCUGGACGACAGGAGGAUUGUGCUGUUUGGUGUUUCUGGAGCUGGGAAGAGUGCAUCUGGGAACAGAAUCGUGGGAUCAGACCUGUUUCGUUCAGGCUGUGACUUUGAUCCAGUUAGUUCAGAUUGUGACUCUCACUCAGCUGUUACGUGGGGUCGGCAGGUCACAGUGAUAGACACACCAGGCUUCGGAGACCCAAAACUCAGCCCUCAACAAAUUACUCUUAAGAUCCUAAAUGCAAUAAAAGAGUCCAGUUUGGGAGUACAUGCCUUUGUUGUUGUGGUACCAAUUGGUAGGUUGUCAGACGAGGAGCUCAUUCUGCUUGAACAAUUUCCGACACUGUUUGGGAAUGAAGCUCCUAAAUACACCAUGGUGCUUUUCACCCAUGGAGAUAAACUGGGCGGUCGGUCCAUUGAUGAGGUGAUCUUAAAGAGUAGAAAUGCUUCCAGUCUGGUUUCCAUGUGUUGUGGGAGAUACUGUGUGUUUGACAACAGUCAGAGAGGAAACAGACAGCAGGUCAGACAGUUCUUGGACAAAAUAGACGAGAUGGUCGCAGCUAAUGGAGGACACCCCUGUCCUGUUGAUGACAUACAACGGACACCUAGGACACGUCACACAGCACAGUUUAAAAUAUUACCUGAAGAGACACCAAGACAAAGUGCUAGAAGAGCCCGAACGUUCUUUGAAUAUAUCAAAGACUUUAUAAUGUGGCUUGUAAAUUUUAUCCAAGAUCGUUUUCCCUGUAGACAGGGAUACAGAACAUUCCCCCAGACAUAUGUCAUAACUGUAUGCUAAUAGUGUUUCUACAGUCUUAAUAGAGUGUUACCACUGUGAAUCCAGUGCUACACAGUGAAGCCUUUGACUCCCCUAGUAGUAGUGCAUUCACGCAUACUAUUUGUAUAUUUGCUUUAAUCUAAAAGGGAAAAGUAUCAUUUAAGUUCACUUUUAAGUACAUAUAUACUAAAAUAUACCGAACCAAAGCAUAAUUAAGUGAUCAAUUAUACUUGAGGUUAAAAGGUGUUUUUCGUCUAUAUUUCUAAUUAUACUUAUAUAUAUAAGUAUAUUUGACAAGUAUACAGAAAAUUCUAAAUAUGUUAGGUCAAUGAGUUAGCUGAAUGUAUAAGGCAAGUCUGUCAAACUUUAGAAGUUUAGAAGUAGAAACAGCUUCUUCCCCACUGCAGUCAGCCUAUUGGACCUACCUGUCGUUAAGCUCCGCGUUUUAGCUGUGUUUAUAUUGAUUUGGCAAUGGUGUAAUGUAUAUUUUAUGUCCACAACAACUUUUCAGUGUUGUCAUUUGAGACCAGGUAGUGAUUAUGUUUCCAGUCUUACUCACUUCAUGUGUAAAAUUACUCUACAUUAAUUUGUGAGUCUUUGCAUACAAGCAUUGAAGAUGUGCUGUACAAAAUUGGCAGUGUGCAGAUAUUUAAUGGUUUCUUCGUUUAACUUAAACCAAGAAAGUCAAUGAAUAAACCCAAUUAACCAUUUUUAAGUACACAGCACUCUUUUCUUUAGUUUGUGAUAUUGUAUUGUGAUAUUCACUGUGAGGUACAGCUCUAAAAAAUGGUUUGUAAGAUCAGAAGCACUUAUUGAGAUUUUCACACAGCUUGGAUAUGGUGGACCUAUACAAAGUUCUGACAUUUUCUUGCACUGGACAAUACACAAAAACCUUGCUUUACUUUUACUUACUGUCACAUUUGUAUUCUGUAUCUGUAUUUUGCUUGUUAAAAUUACAUUGAUUUAAUUUAAUUCCAUUAAUGAACUAUUGAAUUUGU